GUCCUUUAUUGUGGAGCAAUGCAUUGUGGGAUUUCAAAAUGGAGCCCUUGCCGCCGGGAGUCAACAACGAUGUCCUGUUUUACGUAGCCGUCCGCCGUUGUUAACAGACGCGCCGAGCCUCUUAAAUUUCCACACGUCGACCGUCCUCGGUCAAACAUGGGGGCUUUGUGUCUGGCCUGGGGAGGCCUCGCGGCCGCCACAAGGCGCUCGGUCCGAUAUUCGCGCGUCCCUUCGCUCUGCGGCGCCGCGGCGUCGGCGGGCGUCCGCGCGCGCAGGUUCGGCCGGAGCGCCGACCGCGCAGACGUCCCCGCGGAGUUCGCGUGCUACCGCCUGCCCGGCAGGACCGUGCUCAAAGUCCGCGGCGAAGACACCCGCCCGUUCCUUCAGGGGAUUAUCACCAACGACGUGGAGCUGCUGGAGGAGCCCGGGCUCACGGCGCUGUACUCGCAUAUGCUAAACGUGCAAGGAAGAACGCUGUAUGACAUCAUGUUGUACAGUCUGAAAGAAGACGAUGCAGGACAGGGCGUUUUCCUGGAGUGUGACAGCACAAUUAAGGACUCAAUCUUGAAACAUCUGAAGAUCUACAAGCUCCGCAGAAAGGUCAACAUAGACCCCUGUCCAGAGCUUUCCGUCUGGGCGGUUCUUUCCAAGCAAAAGAAGGCAGGUCAAGAGGCCAGUAAACCGGAGCUCGCCUCCCCGGACAAAGCGCUGGUAUGGGUCACCGAUCCUCGAACGCAGGAAAUGGGGUGGAGGUUGGUGUUGGAAAGUCAAGUGGACCCCCUGGAUAUAAUUUCAUCGUGUCAGAAAGGUGACACGGGAGAGUAUCACAGACAUCGCUACUCGAUAGGACUUCCAGAGGGAGUACGGGACCUUCCCCCGGGGGUGGCACUACCGCUGGAGUCAAAUCUUGUCUACAUGCAGGGUAUCAGCUUUAGCAAGGGCUGUUACAUCGGCCAGGAGCUCACAGCCAGGACCCAUCACACUGGUGUGGUUCGGAAGCGCCUGAUGCCAGUACGCUUGUCAGCCCCAGUCCAAGACCUGGAGGAGGGCGCUGCGCUGCAAACGCAGUCGGGCAAGCCAGCUGGGAAGCACCGAGCAGCGGUCGGACAGCUGGGCCUGAGCCUAAUCCGCCUGGCUCAUGCCAAAGAAACGUUGACACUCAAAUCUUCUGAUGACACCGCAGUGGCUCUUGAGGCUUCGGUGCCAGACUGGUGGCCCAAAGAUGUGAAAAGUGACUGAAGAGGAUUGUUUCAGAGCUCCCUCAAAUGUGACAUACAUCCCAUCUGACAGACAGAACCCUGAAGUACAGUAUGUUAUACUGUCAUUGCUUUAUGGCUGUGUGGAAUUGAUUUAUAUUGUUUUACUUUCUCUUUGGAGAGUAUUAUUUACCAUAGAAUUAUCUUAUUUAACAGAUCUGUUUAUCAGCACUAUACAAAAAGAAUGACCAGCUGUGGUUUUGGGUUG